GGUCUGUAGCUUGUGCUUGCUGUUUAAUGAUCACUGAAUCACAGCAGGAUACAUGGAAAGAGUUGCAGACUGGAGAGGCCAACUAGAACAAGGGACGUCCUCUAGGUGUCCCUGUGGAACAUGGCAUUCUGGAGGAGAAAAACUGACAUUGAGAAAGAACGCCGUGUAAAAGCCAAUGACCGUGAAUACAAUGCCAAGUUUUCAUAUGCCGACAACCGCAUCAAAACCUCAAAGUACAACAUCUUUACUUUUCUGCCCAUCAAUUUGUUUGAGCAGUUACAGAGGGUCGCCAAUACUUACUUCAUAGUGCUACUGAUCCUGCAGUUAAUCCCUCAAAUCUCUUCACUGUCCUGGUUCACUACCAUUGUGCCUUUGGUGCUUGUGCUGGCUAUUACUGCAAUCAAAGAUGCUACAGAUGACUUUUUUCGCCAUAAAAGUGAUAAACAAGUGAACAAUCGCCAAUCUCAGGUUCUCAUCAGUGGAAGUUUACAGAAUGAAAAAUGGAUGCACGUCCAAGUUGGCGAUAUCAUCAAGCUAGAGAAUAAUCAGUUUGUUGCAGCUGAUAUUCUUCUCCUCUGUAGUAGUGAACCUUAUGGACUGUGCUACAUUGAGACUUCAGAGCUUGAUGGUGAAACAAAUCUCAAAGUACGCCAGGCUCUGACGGUCACCUCCGAAUUAGCAGACAUCCCCAAAUUGGUUGAAUUUGAUGGGGAAGUCAUUUGUGAACCGCCAAACAACAAGCUCGACAAGUUUACAGGGACCUUGUUUUGGAGAAACCAUAAAUAUCCCCUUGAUAAUGAAAAGAUGCUACUUCGGGGCUGUGUGCUCAGGAACACUGAGUGGUGCUUUGGGAUGGUCAUAUUUGCAGGAUUACAAACCAAACUUAUGCAGAACUGUGGAAAAACUACUUUUAAAAGAACAAGUAUUGACAAAUUAAUGAACACAUUAGUUUUAUGGAUCUUUGGGUUCUUGGUGUGUAUGGGCGUGAUCCUGGCCAUUGGAAACACUGUUUGGGAAAGCUUAGUGGGCAAAGACUUCCAGGUGUUUUUGCCUUUUGAUGACUCUCACACCAAUGCAGUUUUCUCAGGGUUCCUCACUUUCUGGUCCUAUAUUAUCAUCCUCAACACUGUGGUGCCUAUCUCUCUUUAUGUAAGUGUAGAGGUUUUGCGUCUCGGACACAGUUACUUCAUCAACUGGGACCGUAAGAUGUAUUUUGCUGCUAUGGACACUCCAGCAGAGGCUCGAACCACGACACUAAACGAGGAGCUAGGUCAAGUCGAGUUCAUUUUCUCUGAUAAAACAGGGACCCUUACACAAAACAUCAUGGUUUUUAGCAAGUGCUCCAUCAAUGGACAAGCAUAUGGUGACAUUUAUGAUGAAUUUCAACAAAAGGUGGAAAUCACAGAGAAAACAGCCUGUGUGGAUUUUUCUUUCAACCCUCUUCGAGACACAAAGUUUAGGUUUUAUGAUGGCCGUCUGGUGGAAGCAGUGAAACAGGAGGAUCCUUCAGUGCAAGAGUUCUUCCGCCUGUUAGCUCUGUGUCACACUGUCAUGCCAGAGGAAAAAUAUGAAGGUAAUCUGGUGUACCAGGCCCAGUCUCCAGAUGAGGGGGCGCUUGUGACUGCAGCCAGAAACUUUGGCUAUGUGUUUCGGGCUCGGACUCCAGAGAACAUCACCGUGUUCGAGAUGGGACAGCCUGUGACGUACCAGCUCUUAGCUAUCCUGGACUUCAACAAUGUCCGCAAGAGGAUGAGUGUCAUUGUUCGAAAUUCCCUUGGCCAGAUUAAAUUGUAUUGUAAAGGUGCUGACACUAUUAUCUUUGAGAGACUGGAUGUAUGUGGUCUAGAGCUUAUGGACAUUACUUCAGAGCACCUCAAUGACUUUGCAGGAGAGGGUCUGCGGACAUUAGCACUAGCAUACAAAGACAUUGAGGAAGAAUAUUUUGAAGUUUGGAUGAAAAAGUAUAUAUUUGUGAGCACCGUCAUAGAGAAUCGUGAGGACCAGCUGGCAGCUCUGUAUGAGGAGAUUGAACAAGACUUGAAGCUUUUAGGUGUCACUGCAAUAGAGGAUAAACUCCAAGAUGGCGUCCCGGAGACAAUUGCCCGCCUCAAUUUGGCUGAUAUUAAGAUAUGGAUGCUCACUGGAGACAAACUAGAAACAGCUAUAAACAUUGGUUACUCAUGCAACAUGCUCCGGGAUGAUAUGAGUGAGGUGUUUAUUAUAUCAGAAAACACACUGCUGGAAGUGCAACAGAAGCUCAGAAGCACUAAGGAGCAUAUUGUGGGCUUGAGUCGAGUGAGCAGUGCAACAGAUGUGAAGUCAGACAUACAGCUGUACCCUGACUCUGUGUUUGAGGAGGCCAUUAUUGCAGAGUAUGCUUUGGUCAUCACUGGAGACAGUCUGGCCCAUGCUCUGGACCCUGGGCUGAGGUUGGUUCUGCUGGACGUGGCUUGUCUGUGUAAAACAGUCAUCUGUUGCAGAGUGACUCCACUGCAGAAGGCUCAGGUAGUGGAGCUGGUGAAGACACACAAGAAGGCUGUAACUUUGGCCAUAGGAGACGGAGCCAAUGACGUCAGUAUGAUCAAGACAGCCCACAUUGGUGUUGGGAUCAGUGGUCAGGAGGGCAUGCAGGCUGUCCUCUCCUCAGACUACUCCUUUGCUCAGUUUCGUUACCUACAACGCCUCCUGCUGGUGCAUGGGCGCUGGUCCUACUUCAGAAUGUGCAACUUUUUACGUUAUUUCUUCUACAAAAACUUUUCCUUCACCUUAGUUCACUUCUGGUAUGGGUUCUUCUGUGGCUUUUCUGCACAGACAGUGUAUGACCAGUGGUUUAUUACUCUUUUCAAUAUAGUCUACACAUCUUUGCCUGUUUUAGCUAUGGGGCUGUUUGAUCAGGAUGUAAAUGACAGAAACAGCCUGAGAUAUCCGAGCCUGUACAAACCAGGACAAAUGAACCUCCUUUUCAACAAGCGUCAGUUUUUCCUGUGCACGCUGCAGGGCCUGGGCACAUCUUUCCUCCUGUUCUUUAUUCCCUAUGGAGCCUUUUGUGUCCUGCUCAAAGAAGAUGGUUCAAACUUCUCUGAUCAGCAAGCAUUUGCAGUCACCAUCGCAACAUCCUUGGUUAUUGUUGUAAGCGUUCAGAUUGGAUAUGACAUGCACUACUGGACAGCUAUCAAUCAUCUCUUCAUAUGGGGGAGUAUAGCUGUAUAUUUUGCCAUACUGUUUGCAAUGCAGAGUAAUGGCAUCUUUGGUGUCUUCACCAGCUAUUUUCCAUUUGUUGGUACAUCCCGCAACGCCCUGUCAGAGUUAAACGUGUGGUUAGUCAUCCUGCUCACAACAGUGGUGUGUGUGGUGCCAGGAUUAGUGGUCAGUUUCUUGAGAGUUGACCUCUUCCCCACAGAAACAGACAAGGUCCGUCACCUGCAGCUGAGGAAGAGACAGGAGCCUCAGGAGCAGAGCCUGAGGAGGGUUAGGAGGACCAGCUCACGCCGCUCAGCCUAUGCUUUCUCACAUCAACAGGGCUAUGGAGAGCUCAUCACCUCAGGAAGAAACAUGAGGAUAAGCAACCCUUGUUCAGCGCCCUCUGCUGGAGAAUUACAACAAAACUCAAACUGGAUUGAGAAUGUUUUAAAAAGGAAGAAUGAAGUUGCUUGCGCCUCUGAAGAAAAUGCUGAAGCAUCAGACAGUGGUAAUAUAGUAAUAUAGACUGCAGAAGGACAAUCAGAUAAAGAUUUUUUUGAACUUUAACAAAUGAACAUGGACUCAACAGAACGACCUCCACCAUAGAUAGAUAGAUAGAUAGAUAGAUAGAUAGAUAGAUAGAUAGAUAGAUAGAUAGAUAGAUAGAUAAAAACUUUAUUAAUCUCCAAGGGAGAAA